AUGGUUUCACAAAUUGCUUCAGAUCAAUUAUUAUAUCAAACUCCUCAACAAUUAUUAUUUGAUGCUGUUUUAUCUAAAAGAGGAUUUGAUGAUGUUGUGGUUAGAGGUAAAUUAUUUAGAUCUGUUAAAGUUCCAUUAUUAACUCAAAUUGAAAGAUGGUUAUUAGAUCUACCACAUAAUUCAAUUGAAUAUCCAUUAUGGAUGAUUAGUGCUCUGUUAUCAAUUAUUUUCACAUUUGUUCCACUUGUUGGUCCAAUUGUCUUAGUUUUCGUUAAUGCUCCAAAUAGAGGUUAUAAUUUCCAUAGUAGAUAUUAUGAAUUGAAAGGAAUUGAUACAAGACAAAGACUUGGUUUUUAUUCAUCAAGAAGAUUAGAAUAUUUUACCUUUGGUAUAAUGACUGGUGUUUUACAACAAAUUCCAUUUAUUUCAACUUUUUUCGUCUUUACAAGUGUUACAGGUGCUGCUUUAUGGGCUGCUGAAUUCGAAAAUCAAUUUGCUAAAAGAAGACAAGGAUUAGGAUUGAAUGAUGUCAAGUAUAAUCAAAGAAGAGAUGCUAUAAUAAUGGGUCCUUUUUUCGAAUUUGCUUCGCGUGGUGGGCUUCCGUCAUUAGAUGAAGAAGCUGAAAGACGUAUAGCUGCUGGUGAACUGUAUAGAAGUAUAAUUGCAUUUGGACAACCAGCGGCAAUACCUGUGGGUACAACUACUAGUGCCAUGCACUAA